AAACGACUUAACAGCGACUUAGAAGAGUACACAGUUCCUAAGAGUGCUAAAAUAAUGCCAACUGAGCUAGAGUUCAACUUCAAUGAGAAUCUUGACAAUCAUUUACAUGCAGUCAGUCAAGCACUUCAAGCCAACAUCUAUACCACUGUAGACCUUAAGGUCAAAGUCAUUAUCAAAGAAGAGAAUAAGAAUCCCAUUGUUCAAGACACAAAAACCAGAUACAAGUGUGACACACUAGUGGCUGAUGAAACUGGAUGUGCUAAGUUGGUGUUAUGGGAGAACACAAUAAAUCAAGUGGCAAGAGGAAAGUCCUACCAUUUCAAAAAUGUAACUGUGCGCAUUUUCGAUGAUGAGAAAUAUCUGAACACCAAUGAAUCCACAACAGUUGAAGAAAUAGAUGAUAUUCAGAAUAUCAACGUUGACGCACCAGAAAUCAAGAAUAAUCUCCUCAAAGUGAAAUUGGUAAGAGUAAACAUAAAGAAGUCACCAUCUUGCUUGGCCUGCAACCACACAUUUCCAACUAAAGAGCAACAAGCACCAGAUGAAGAAGAAAUAACCUGUACCAAUUGUAACAUCGCAACACUAACAUCUUUCUGUAACACAAAGAUGGUGGCACAAAUAAUUGUUAAAACUACUACUCAAGAAUCAGAUACCUAUACAUGUUUCAAUGAUGGCAUCGAGAGUUUUCUCAAGAAUGUAAAA